AUGGAUUUGAAGUUCGUCAAUGUCAUUAUAUUGGGCUUCGGCUUUAUGUUCGUAUUCACGGCCUUCCAAACUAUGGGUAACAUUGAGAAAACUAUUCUGGACAGUAUUGCGAAGGAGGACAACAAUUUUACCGGCGAUGGCUAUACCAGUUUGGCGAUAAUUUAUACGACAUUUUCGCUAUGCAAUUGGCUAGCGCCGUCCUUCAUCUCAUUCACAGGGCCGCGGGUAGCCAUGUUGGUGGGCUCGCUCACCUAUACGCUUUUCAUGCUCGUCUUUCUGUUUCCCUCCAAUUGGCUGCUCUACCUGUCGAGUGGCAUUUUGGGUGCCGGUGCCGCCAUCACUUGGACCGGUCAGGGUAACUUCUUGGCACGUUGCAGUGAUCUCUCGACGAUAUCACGCAAUUCGGGCGUCUUCUGGGCGCUACUGCAGUGCAGCAUGUUUUUCGGCAACAUCUUCGUCUACUUCCAAUUCCAAGAUAAGGAACAUAUUGACGCGGCCACACGCAGCAUGGUCAUUGGUGUGCUGACGGCUUUAGCUGUACUAGGUAUAGUAUUCCUGGCGGCAUUGCGUCCCAUGGAGGACAACUCGGUGGGCACGUCUGAAAUGCAGCGCCAGCAACAACAACAUCGUACUGGUUGGGGUAGCGCAGUGUAUGCGCUCAAGUCGGCUGGACAACUUUUCAUCACCCGAGAUAUGCUAUUACUUAGCGUAGCUUUUCUCUACACCGGCAUGGAAUUGUCAUUCUUUAGCGGCGUUUAUGGACCCUCCAUUGGUUUCACGAAGAAGAUACACAACACACCAAAAGAAAUAGUCGGCUUGGCUGGCAUUUGUAUAGGCGCUGGUGAGGUAUUCGGUGGUGGUCUCUUCGGCAUACUCGGCAAGAAGACAACACGCUUUGGUCGCGAUCCCAUCGUUAUUGCCGGCUAUGUCAUACAUAUGAUUGCAUUCUUUCUGAUAUUCCUCAAUUUGCCCGACAAUGCGCCCUUCAAGGAUACCGAAGACAUCUCGUAUAUGGAUCCGCCACGUGCUUGGAUUGCUUUGUUAUGCGCUUUCAUGUUGGGUCUUGGCGAUGCCUGCAUGAAUACACAGAUCUACUCGAUGUUGGGUGGUGUGUAUGUGAAAAAUUCCGUGGGCGCCUUCGCGCUCUUCAAAUUCACGCAGUCAAUUGCUGCGGCCAUAAGCUUCUACUACUCCUCACACCUCGGCUUGCGCGCUCAAUUGGGUAUAUUGGUUGUUUUCGGCACAAUAGGCACAGCCUGCUUCUGCAUCGUGGAAUGGGCGGUGAAGCGACGACAACGAGAAUCUCCGGAAGACUCCAGAACUGUCUCGCAAGACUCGCGUUCCGUUUCAUAUGAUCAAUAAAAUAAGUUCUUCAACUCCUAUAGCGCCCCGUAAAGCUCAACUGAAUGUGGCAUAUGCGACCUGAUCUGACAACAACAACAAUUAUGAAGCUUAUGAACAGAAGCAGAAAAGUUAAAUAUAUUCAUAUACAUAUACACACAUAUAUUUAUAAGUAAGUUGAAAUCGAUAUUUGGUUUUACGUAAUUAAGAACUUCGAAAGUAAGACAUUGUUGGCAUACCGUAAUGUGCAUGUAUACAGUGUGUGCAUAUAGUAUUUAUAUAUAUGUACAUUUGUAGAUAUAUGCAAAUGUGCGUUGGCUUAUGUAGGUAGUGUUUGGUCUUCCGGGACAAUAAUUAAAGUCAAGCUAAAAUACAAAAGUAAAGAUAUUGUUAUAUAUUGUAAUUCACUAGUGUAAAUUUUCGACGCAUUUUUUAUGCGUUUAAUAAUGAUAUUGCAAUAUUUUCCAUUUGUUAUAACGCCAAAUUGCAUAUUGUUUGUUUUAGAUAUGAGUUUUUUUAUAUAUACAAUAUUUUAUAUAUAUAAAAAACAACACAAGUUGACUAUAUGUAUUAAAAAAUCCUGUUUGAAUUUAGAUAAAUGUAAGUGUAUGUUUGUAAUUGUUGUAUAUACAUAUUAUUAUAAAUAUAUGUAAUAAAGAAUGUUAGACCGUAAAUAUUAAAUGAUGAAAAGACGUUUUCGUUCGAUACAAUCGUUUUACAAAUACAAGUAAUUGUUUUGAUUAAUUAGAAGUAAAGAAUAAUGUUUUAAAAAGUAGAGCACAUUUUAUUUCAGAUUUUUUAAGCCAUACGUGCAGGUUAAUUAAAGUUU